AUGGCUAAAGAUUGGACUAAGGAUUGGGCAAAGCAAGACAAGGCAAAGCUAGGCAAGGCAAGGCAAGGCAAGGCAAGGCAAGGCAAGGCAAGGCAAGGCAAGGCAAGGCAAGGCAAGGCAAGGCAAGGCAAAACAAGGCAAGGCAAGGCAAGGCAAGGCAAGAAAAGCCAAGCCAAGCCAAGCCAAGCCAAGCCAAGCCAAGCCAAGCCAAGCCAAGCCAAGCCAAGCCAAGCCAAUAGCCAUGGCUAA